AUGCAGCCCAUUAAUUUCGUCUGGGGCAAACCGGCACCGUCGCUGCUGCCAGUAGCGGACCUCUCAGUGUCGAUCCAGGAAGUUCUCACCGACUCAGCAGCAGCUACUGAUGCACUCGAGUAUGGCGACCCGGCGGGCCCAAUUGCGCUACGCCACCAAGUCGCCACGUCACUGUCGACUUUCUAUCGCACUCCCAAUGCUGCCGAUGAGAUCUGCAUUACCGGCGGUUCUAGCCAGGGCCUGGUUACGGUACUUCAAGUACUAGCAGACCCGCUACGCACGAAGCGUGUCUGGCUCGUUGUACCCUGCUUUCACCUUGUCUGUCGCGUCCUCGAGGAUGCCGGCUUCACAGACAAGCUGCGCGCCGUACCGGAGACCCAAACUGGCAUCGACCUUGAUUAUCUGGGGCGCGCUAUGCUGAAACUCGAGCUGGAAGAUAAUCAAGAGCAUCCACAGCCCGCCACAAAGCCCACAGAUCCCGCCCGCAAGAUAUACACGCACCUCAUUUACCUUGUGCCCACGUUCUCUAACCCAUCGGGUCGGACCGUCCCGCUGUCCCACCGCCGAGAUCUUGUCGCCCUGGCCCGCCGCUUUGAUGCCCUCAUUAUCUCCGACGACAUUUACGACUACCUAUCCUACUCUGCUGAGGGUACUGCCGAUACACCGUCGCUGCUACCUCGCCUCGUAGACAUUGAACGCACCCUCCCCGCCCUAUCCACCGACCCAUACGCUUUCGGUCACACUCUUAGCAACGGUUCCUUCAGUAAACUGAUCGGCCCUGGUGUUCGUACGGGCUGGAUCUCCACCUCGCGGUCCCUCGCCCGUGCCCUGUCCGGCGCGGGUGCCAGCAUUGCUGGUGGCUGCCCAAGCCAGUUGGGCGCUGCGGCUGUCGCGCAGUUCCUGGCCACAGGGCGGCUCAAUUCUCAUGUGUCUAGCACACUGCUCCCAGCUUACGCGCACCGGAGGCAGCUCAUGGCAACUGCUGUACAUGAGACACUGGGACCAUUGGGCGUGCAGAUCGUCGAAGAUACCGACAGCAGGAUGGGGGGCUAUUUCCUCUGGCUGAAGCUCCCAGGACAUGUUGAUGGCAGGAUAGUUGCGAAGGCAUGUGCGGAGCAGGAGGCUUUGAGUAUUCUGCCAGGUGAAGCCUUUGAGGUAGUCGGUGAUGCAACAGUUGACCUUUCAUCGUAUUUAAGGCUGUGCUUUUCCUGGGAGGAUGAGAAAAAUCUGGUCGAGGGCGUACGACGCCUGGCAAGAGUUAUAUGUGGAGUACCCGAAAAUUCCGGGGACAGCGAAAUGCAAUCUACUGCCGCAAUGGAUCCAAGUUUGAAAAUAUAA